UUUUUUGUUUUUCUGGUGACUACUGACAGAGGAUUGUAGAAAGAAAAUCAAAUCUUGAAGCUUUAAGCGUUUGUAUUUCAGAACUCAAAAUACCAAAAGAGGCCCCCCAAAUGAAGGAGGUUGAGAAGAGCAUUGAUCCACAACUAUGGCACGCAUGUGCAGGAUCCAUGGUGCAAAUCCCUCCAUUGAACAGCAUGGUGUUUUACUUUCCUCAAGGCCACGCUGAGCACGCUUUUGGGCCUGUGAAUUUCCCUUCCUCAACUACACCAAUCCUACCUCUUAUUCUUUGCCGUGUCGCUUCACUCAAGUUUCUUGCUGAUUCUGAAACUGAUGAAGUGUACGCCAAGAUAAGACUAGUUCCAUUACCAGGUAGUGAGCUUGAUUUUGAAGACAAUAGUUUAAGUCUGAACUCUGUUGGGUCCGACACUGAGUCAGAAAAGCCAGCAUCUUUUGCUAAAACCUUGACACAAUCUGAUGCUAAUAAUGGGGGUGGAUUUUCUGUGCCAAGAUAUUGUGCUGAGACUAUAUUUCCAAGGUUGGAUUACAGUGCAGAUCCUCCAGUCCAGACUGUGGUGGCUAAAGAUGUGCAUGGAGAGACUUGGAAGUUUCGGCAUAUUUAUAGAGGGACACCAAGAAGGCAUUUGUUGACUACUGGGUGGAGCACGUUUGUUAACCAGAAGAAACUUGUUGCUGGGGAUUCUAUUGUCUUCUUGAGAGCUCAAAAUGGUGAUCUCUGUGUAGGGAUAAGGAGAGCAAAGAAAGGAAUUGGGAGUGGAAAUGACUCUCCAUCUUCCGGGUGGAGCUCAAAUCAUGGAAGCUGUGUUGGCAUUAAUCCUUAUGGAGGAUUUUCAUGCUUCUUGAGAGAGGAAGAGAACAAGAUGUUGAGAAACGGGAAUAUGAGUUUGAAUUCUUCUGCGAGUGGAAAUCUGAGGGGCCAUGGUGGAAGAGUAAGGCCUGAGACUGUUUCAGAGGCAGUGGCACUUGCGAUGGGUGGGAAGCCAUUUGAGGUUGUUUAUUAUCCCCGGGGAAGCACGCCAGAGUUCUGUGUUAAGGCCUCUUCAGUAAGGGCAGCAAUGAGGGUUCAUUGGCACUGUGGAAUGAGGUUCAAGAUGGCUUUUGAAACAGAGGAUUCUUCUAGGAUAAGUUGGUUUAUGGGAACUAUAUCCUCUGUUCAGGUCUCUGAUCCCAUCCGCUGGCCUAACUCACCAUGGCGACUCCUCCAGGUGACAUGGGAUGAGCCAGAUUUGCUACAAAAUGUGAAACGUGUUAGCCCAUGGUUAGUUGAACUGGUUUCAAACAUGCCAGUCGUCCACCUGUCACCCUUUUCACCUCCAAGAAAGAAGUUGCGGCUCCCGCAACACUUGGACUUUCCCCUUGACGGCCAAUUUUCAGUGCCGUCAUUUACAGGCAACCCCCUUGGGCCCAGCAGCCCCUUGUGUUGUCUACCUGACAACACUCCUGCAGGCAUACAGGGAGCCAGGCAUGCUCAUUUUGGAAUAUCUUUAUCAGAAUUCCAUCUUAACAGCAAACUGCAGUCAGGGCUGUUUUCAUCCAGCUUACAGCGGUUUAAUCCACAUUCCAGAAUUUCUGAUGGCAUCAUGACAAACCACACACACAAUAAUGAGAAUUUGUCUUGUUUGCUAACAAUGGGAAAUUCCAGUCAGAAUUUGGAGAAAUCUGAUAACGUGAAAAAGCACCAGUUUUUACUCUUUGGUCAACCAAUACUCACGGAGCAGCAGAUCUCUCACAGCUGUUCCAGUGAUGCAGUUUCACAAGUUCUUGGCAAAAGUUCAUCAGAUGGCAAUUCGGGCAGAGUGAAAGCAUCAUCUGAUGGUUCAGGAUCCACACGUGAGCUGCAAAUUUCACCAGAGAAGUCAUCAAGUUCUGAAAUAUUUUGGAACCGGGGUUUCCGAGUGACUGAACCUGACCUUGAUACUGGUCACUGCAAGGUAUUCAUGGAAUCAGAGGAUGUGGGACGAACUCUUGAUCUCUCAGUUCUUGGUUCUUACGAAGAGCUGUACAGGAGGCUAGCCAACAUGUUCGGGAUAGAAAGAUCAGAGAUUUUGAGCCAUGUUCUCUAUCAAGAUGCAACUGGAGCUGUUAAACAAACUGGAGAUGAACCAUUCAGUGAUUUUAUGAAAACGGCCAAAAGAUUAACAAUUCUGAUGGGUUCAGGCAGUGACAAUGUUGGAAGGACAUGGAUCACAGGUAUGCGGAAUACUGAGAAUGGACUCAAUGCUCCCAACAAGACAGGUCCCCUGAGCAUAUUCGCAUAGUUACUGCAGAAUUUAUGCUAGAUGUUCAAAGAACAAAUGGAUGUUUAGAAUUUGUUACUAGUUUGUUAGCCUAAUAUGUUUAGUUGAGACGGGAUUUUAAUCUGCAUUUGUUAUGGUGACCGCUGAAUAUUUUUCGUUUGUUGCUGAAUGUGUUUACAGUUUGACUGGAUAUUGGUGCAUAAUAUUAUGCAACAUUAUAUAUGUUUUAUGUUUCUGCAAA